GUAUCUGCGGUUGUUAAACAAGUGCUUUUACGUUUCGGAUUCACAAAAUAAGAUAAAAAAGAAAUUCAGUUAGCCAGCGCUUUGAAUGAAAUAAUUAGCGUGAAAUUAAUAAAUUUGUCAGAGUAGUAAGAUAAAUUUACUUCUAUAAAAGGGGAUUAACCACUGUCGAUUCUAUAACAUGGAAAAUGAAGAGAAGAUCAUGGGUGUCUAUUUUGAAUAAAAAUCAAGGGUGUUAAGAUUUUGUUUUAAAAAGAUGAACGAAAACGGAAAAAAUCAGACUUUUCAAGUACUGUUCAGGAUAACGUACACAUGUAUGUGUGUAAAAUUUCGCAACAAUACCGGUUUUAGAGUAAGAAGCACUUUUACUUAGUCUAAUCUAAGCCGUUUAGACUUCAACUUACCGGACAAAAGUAGAAGAUCAAAUCUCAACUGUCGUUGGUGAUUGGAAUCAACACUACAAAACAUUAUACAUACAGAAGCAAGCAAUAAUUCGACAACAAUAUAAAACUCCAUUUGUCCAUCCAUUUUUUUUUUCUCAGAACGACAGUUUGAGAUUGAAUGUUAAAUAAUUAGUGCAAAAUAUCAAUGAAAACUUAGCUAAGUGCAGGAUCUUUUCAUUCAGUUUCGAGUCUUAGUACAAAUAGACCUAAUAUAAAACGUUGAACAUUGCCUUUAUUGUAGUCAUGUGAGUUUGAUAAUACUAGGCUUUUUGUAUCAAAUAUUGUAAUUGGUUGAAACCGUGAAGCGCUGUUCCUCAAACGACAACUGAGCUAUUAUGCAGCGUAUUUAUUGACUCUAGAUUUUAUAUUGUACAUAUAUCAUAGUUGAAUUUAAUGUUGAUAAUUUGAAUAAUGAACUUUUAUUCAUCCUUAGUUUUGAAUUCAAAUAAUAUUGUUGCUCCUGAUGAUACUAAGAUGAUUUUCAAUGAUACUAAAACAUUGUUAUUGAAUAAUAAUAAUCUAAUGAAAGAUACGAAUGAAAAGUCGUAUAUUCAAGUUCCAUCAUCAACCUCAUCGUCUAUUGACACAAAAAAAUUAAUGUACUCCGGUUCAACAAAACUCUAUUUACGUUCAUUAAAAACACUAUUAAAUCAAAUUGAACAAAUACAAAAAGCAAUUUCAAUGCGUUCAUCAUCUGUCAAUUCAAAACUAUUCGUCAUGUCUGUAUUGAAACAAUUAAAAAAUUUAAAUAUGAAACAACAACAGCAACAUAUGCCACAAACAUUUUCAUCAUUAUUUUCUCCACCAUCAAUUCACUGUAAAUCGUCAAAUAAAUUAGAACCAAAAACAAUGUCAUUCUCAAAAAUUUUAUCAAGUAGUGAACAGACUCCUACUCAUUUUUAUACAAAACCGGCCGUCCGAAUGUGGACACCCCAAAAGCGAAAACAAUUAAUCAAAGCUGUGCAGUAUGAAUUAAAUGAAAUGAUGAAAAAACAAGAGCACCAGUCAAAAGUGAAUCAAAUUUCAAAGAAAGAAUUAGUGCAAGAAUCAGAGAGCGUACAUUAUGUAAACGACAUCAAAAUCUGUGAUAUAGAAAAAAGUUUGGAUUGGAUUCAUAUAUCUCAAUAUCAUUUAGAUAAUCAAUGGUCAUCAAUUGCCUGUAAAAAUGCUUGGGAACAAAUAUGUAAUGAUCGUAUCAAUCAAGAACAAUGGUGUGAACAAGAAGAACAAUUAUUAAUUGAUUUAGUUAAACAUGAACAAAUAAUUGAUGAUCAUAGUAUGGGUGAUAAAUGGUCAAUGAUAGCUCAAAUGCUAAAUACUGGCAGAAGUGCGUAUCUCUGUGCAAAACGUUACAUGCAGAUUGUUAAUGAAAAAUAUUCUAAACGUUUUCUCGAUGAUAAUGAACGUUCAUUAUUAAUCGACUGUGUACAACGUGUUCGUGAAGGUCAUUAUAUUCCAUGGAAUUCAGUAUCCUAUACUUUAGAAACUCGUACUCGUGAAUUUAUAUAUUCACAAUGGUUUUAUAUUGAUCCAAAUUGUAAACGUGGACGAUGGACAUCAGCUGAAGAAAAAGAGCUAUUAUGUGCAGCAUACGGUGAUAAUGGUGUCAAUAAUAGCAAAACGAUAACAAAUUGGCCAUUGUUAACAUCAACUAUGCGAACACGAACGUCGCGGCAGUGUCGAGAACGUUAUUUAACACUACAAACAUUAAAUAAUAAUGGUCAUCUAGUUCAAACAUCGAAUAUCAAUAAACAAGCAUUUACAUUUGAUGAAGAUAUGUUAAUUAUGAAAAAAUAUUCAAUAUAUGGUCCAAAAUGGGCUAAAAUAGCACGUGAUAUUAAAAAUAGAACGGAUAAUUCGAUUUUAGUUCGACAUAGAAUGUUAAUGAAAGCAAAAGAAAAAUGGUCAUGGUAUAAUAAAUCAAACAGAAUAAUUAAACAAUUCAUUAAAUUUUUUUAUGAUAAAAAUUAUUUACAAUCAAAAAACAUCAAACAAAAUAAACGAAAUUUUUAUAUGGGCAGACCACCAACUUUAAUAUCAUCAGAGUCCACUGUUGAAAAUGAUGAUUUAGAUAAUUGGUUAGCAUACAAUGAUGUGGUGGAAGAUAUUGUUAACUUUGGUUUUUAUCGAAAAGGUUUACCGUUUAAUAUUACGGAUGAUGAAAUACGCUGGUUCAAAAAGAAUCCAACGUUGACAGUAAAAAUUGCCAAUAUUGCUAUUAACGAGUUUCGUGAUAAAAAAUAUUGCCACAGAAAAUUAAAGGCACUGAUGAAACCUUGGUUCGAAAAUGAAGAUCAAAUCAAUAUACCCUCUGAUUGUGAUAUUCGUACUAUGUUAAAUCAAACAUUAUCAUAUGGUCGUAAACGAAAAUUAAUAAUUACUACUGAACAUUCCCAAAAUAAAAUUCAAAAACUAGUGCCUUCUUCGACAUUGAUAUUCGAAACAGAUACGGCUAAUGUGAAUCUAACGCAAAACAUUAAGGAUGACAUUGAUGAACAAGAACAGCUUUCAGAUUCACGUGCACGAAAUGUUUUGAAACAUGUUAAAAUAAACUUUGCCAAUCAACUUAUUGACCAACUUCUGAAUCCUCAAUCAUCGUCAACAAAACAUUUUAAAAAUAUAUUUCAUCAAACAUCAUUUGAAAGUUGUGGCUUAUAG